GUUCUCUUCCUGCAUUUAGUCCAAGAGACACCUUUCCUCUCAGUUCUCAAAAACAUCCCCUCAUAUUUCCAAAUUCAAAUUGACGAUUUAUAUUCCUGAAUCGAUCAACUACUCUCUUCGCCUCACUGUUUCAACGCUAACAAUUAAAGCUUCAAGCCUCCAGAGAAUCGUUCAUUCUCCUUUGAAAUCAGUAUCUUUCUCUAUAAUGCAGCGCCUUAGGUUUUUGUAAUCUUCUUUUCCAAUAUUAUAGAGAUGAGUGAUAUAGGCGGGGGACUUGAUCCUUCUGGUACUACAGAAGCAUCAAAAAGUAGUGGUUUUGAUGCAAAUCGAAUUGCUGAAGUGAAAUCUUGGCUUACUUCCCAAUUUGACGCUGUGGGUAAAGAUGUCCCUGAUUUUGAGUAUACUCCUAGAAGUAUCGCUGAAUUACACAAGAUUGCCACUCUAUCACAAGCCAAAACUCAAGCUGCUGUUAUUGUUGCCAAUGAUUACCGUCAAAAGGCAGCUGAGUACAGGUCCCAAGCUGCAAGGAUGAGAGAGAUACUGGAGAGUGUGGGAUUGGCUCAAGAGAGUUUACCAUCUAAUGUGGUUUCAUCUGCACAUGUUCUUGCAAAGGUUGCAAAUUUGUUGGAUAUCCGAGAUACUGAAUUAAGUAGUUUUCUUGUUGCGGUGGCAGAUCUUUCUUUACGGAAAACAGCAGUAGAAGAGAAGAGAAAUAAAGUGCAGCAGGAAUCAAAAGUCCUUCUUGAAUACACCCGGAAGGCAAUAGCAAGAUUGACUUAUUUGAAAAGAGCACUUUCACAGCUUGAAGAUGAUAUUGCUCCUUGCCAAGCACAAAUGGAAAACUGGAAAACAAACUUGGCAAUUAUGGAGUCGAAAGAGCGGCAGUAUUUGCAAGAAUAUGGUUAUUACAAGGCAGUGCUUAAUCGUGUUGGUUACACGCCAGAGAUUAGUCAUGGGGUAUUGGUUGAGAUGGCAGAGCAUAAGAAGGACUUGGAGAAGAAGACAAAACCAAUUCUUGAUACUCUGAGAAGCUACCAAGACUUGCCUCCUGAUAAAGCCUUGGCAGCGUUGGCAAUUGAGGACAAGAGAAGGCAGUAUGCUGCUGCUGAGAAGUAUCUUGAAGAUGUGCUGCAGUCAGCUCUUGCCUCCUCAGAGUGACGUCCAAUUGCUUUUCUGCAAACAUUUCAUUUUUCCUUCACUUGGGGUUUUAGUGCCUUACAUAUUAAACGUUUGGGUAAUUGAGAUUGUGAUUGAUUCUCUUUUGACGCUUGUGCUAUGUUGUCCUUUCUGUAUGUUCCUGACAGUGUAUUCUCAAGACUAAGAAACUCUUAAAAUUGACUCAUAAUGAUUUGUGUAAUUUGAAUAGAAAAGAAGCUUGGAAAGCUUAUCUCCUUGGCAGAGA